AUAUCUCUCUGAUCUGUUUCCCUUUUAUAACUGCAAUUUCUAUGUCUUAUUCAAUGUUUGUUCUAUGUAAUCGAAGCACAUUUUCCAUAAAGGUGUAGUUUGACUUUGACAGACUAAACAUAAUUUAAGCUUGUUUAAUAAUCAUUUGAAGUCAACGUAUUCUUCAUAAUGGUGUCCCUGAACCCGGUGCGCAUACUGAAGCACGAGGCGGACGAGGAGAAGGGGGAGACGGCACGCCUGUCGAGCUUCGUGGGCGCGGUGGCGAUCGGGGACCUGGUGAAGAGCACCCUGGGGCCCAAGGGCAUGGACAAGAUCCUGGUGUCUCACGGCCGCAACGAGGGCCAGGUGGAGAUCACCAACGACGGCGCGACCAUCCUGAAGAGCAUCGGCGUGGACAACCCCGCGGCCAAGAUCCUGGUGGAGAUGUCAAAGGUGCAGGACGACGAGGUGGGCGACGGGACCACGUCCGUGACUGUUCUCGCUGCGGAACUGCUUCGGGAGGCAGAGAAGCUGAUCCAGGAUCGCAAGAUCCACCCGCAGAUCAUCGUGGCCGGCUGGAGGAAGGCCACGAAGGUGGCGAGGGACGCCCUGACCGCCGUGGCCAAGGACAACAGCGCGGACCAGUCGUUGUUCCACGAGGACCUGCUGAACAUCGCCCGCACCACGCUCAGCUCCAAGAUCCUGGCCCAGCACAAGGAGUACUUCGCCAAGCUGGCCCUGGACGCCGUGCUGCGGCUCAAGAGCUCGGGCAACCUGUCCGCCAUCCAGAUCAUCAAGAAGACGGGCGGCACGCUGGAGGACUCCUUCCUGGACGAGGGGUUCCUGCUGGACAAGAAAGUGGGCGUGCACCAGCCGAAGCGCGUCGAGAACGCCAAGAUCCUGAUCGCCAACACGCCGAUGGACACGGACAAGAUCAAAGUGUUUGGGUCGCGGGUGCGCGUCGACUCGAUGGCGAAGAUUGCAGACCUCGAGCUCGCCGAGAAGGAGAAGAUGAAGGACAAAGUGAACAAGAUCCUCAAGCACGGCUGCACCGUGUUCAUCAACAGGCAGCUGAUCUACAACUACCCGGAGCAGCUGUUCGCUGACGCCGGCGUCAUGGCCAUCGAGCACGCAGACUUCGACGGCAUCGAGAGACUGGCGCUCGUCACGGGCGGAGAGAUCGUCUCCACCUUCGACAACCCCGAGAUGGUCAAGCUGGGGCACUGUGAGGUCAUCGAGCAGGUGAUGAUCGGGGAGGACACGCUGCUGCGCUUCGGGGGCGUGGCCCUGGGAGAGGCGUGCACCAUCGUGAUCCGCGGGGCCACCCAGCAGAUCCUGGACGAGGCGGAGCGCUCGCUGCACGACGCCCUGUGCGUGCUGGCCGCCACCGUCAAGGAGGCUCGCAUCGUGUACGGCGGAGGCUCCAGCGAGAUGCUGAUGGCGUGCGCGAUCCAGCGGGAGGCGGCCAAGACGCCGGGCAAGGAGGCGGUCGCCAUGGAGGCGUUCGCCAGCGCGCUGCAGACGCUGCCCAUGGCCAUCGCGGACAACGCCGGCUACGACUCGGCCGAGCUGGUCAGCCAGCUGCGCGCCGCCCACAACCGCGGCCAGCAGGCCUUCGGUCUGGACAUGGAGCGCGGCAGGGUGGCGUGCAUGAAGCAGCUGGGCAUCACCGAGUCGUACGUGGUGAAGCGCCAGGUGCUGCUGUCGGCCGCCGAGGCCGCCGAGAUGAUCCUGCGCGUGGACGACAUCAUCAAGGCCGCGCCCCGCAAGCGAACCCAGGACCGCCGACCCUGCUAGCUGCCGCCAGCCGUAACCAGCCUUCUGUCCCAGCAAGGCGCUUCACGCAUUCACAAGUCGCAGCCUACGAUGCUAGCAAUGCUUUUGUUAAUUUGUAUCCUGCUAAUUUUCAAUAAAAUAAAUUAAUAAUCCCUC